AUGGCCAGCGACACCCACAACUCAGAGCUUGAAAAACAGCUCCCACACUCCCGACCAACUCCUCCUCCUCAAGAAAGCCCCCAAACGACGACAGACGGCGCCCCCUCAUCCUCAUCCACAACUCUCACUCCCGAACAGCCUCAACCCGACCCCCAACGUCUCCCCAUCUCCCCGAAGGAUGCCUCUUCAGAAAACCCAUCGCCAGACCCUUGUCUCCCUACUCCUAAGCCCCCCGAAUUCGAACUACCCGCCUCCCUCGCAACUCAACCCCACCGCUGGCCACUCUGGUACCGUCUGUACUGCGUGGCGACCGUCUCCUUCGCGACGUGGAUCGUCAUCCUGCAUAGCACAAGUUAUACCGCAGCCAUUCCCGGCGUGAUGGAGCAGUUUGGGAUCAAGUCGAAAAGUGUGGCGACGCUGGGGUUGACGAGUUAUUUGCUCGGGCUGGCGGCGGGGAGUGUGGUUGUUGCGCCGGCGAGCGAGGUUGUAGGGAGGAGGGCGGUUUAUUUGGUUUGUUGGGUGGGGUUUUUAGUUUUCAUUUUAGGAUGCCUCAGCACCUCCCUUACCCAACUCAUCAUCCUCCGUUUCAUCGGCGCCCUCUUCGGCGCGGCCCUCCUAACCAACUCCCCGGGCACGAUAGUCGACCUCUCCGACGCCUCCUCCAACCCCACAAUGCUAGCUCGCUUCAACUCCUUAUACAGCAUCGCGCCCCUCAACGGGCCCGUCACAGGCCCCCUCAUCGGCGGCUUCGUGUUUGAGUACCUCGGCUGGCGAUGGGAGAACUGGGUGUCGCUUUCCCUGGCCGGCGUCGCGGGGGUUAUGUUACUCCUUGUGAAGGAGACGUACCCUCCUGUAUUGAUGAGGCGGGAGGUGCUCAAAAAGAGAAAAGAAACCGGUGAUGAAAGGUGGUGGUGCCGCUACGACCGCGAUGAGCAGACCUGGCAGGAUGUAGUCAACAUGGUCGCCAGCAACCUGGCAAGACCAUUCAAACUCGCCGCCACAGAGCCAAUUCUCUGGUUUUUCAACAUCUGGCUCUCCCUAACCUAUGGCGUUCUCUACCUCUGCUUCAUCGCCUACCCGAUAAUAUUCACCUCCCACCGUCAUUGGUCCCCCUCUCAAACUGGCCUCUCCUUCCUCGGCAUUGGCGUCGGCACGCUCCUCUCCAUCCUGCUCGAACCCAUCUGGCGGAAGUAUCUCAUCUCACCCUCCCCGAAACGCGACCCCGAUAACCCGUCCCUCCCCGCGCCCGAAGCAACCGCUCUCGUCAUGUCUCUCGGCUCGGUGCUCACCGCCGUAGGACAGCUCUUGUUUGCGUGGACAUGUCUGCCGAGGACGAUACACCCGCUGAUCCCCAUCGCGGUUGCCGGGGUCCCGUUUGGGAUGGGGAAUACACUUAGUUUCAUUUACGGGAGUAAUUAUUUAGCGGCUAGUUAUGGCGAGUGGGCGGCGUCUGCGCUGGCGGGGAACGCGGUGGCACGGAGCGUGAUGGGAGCGUUUUUGCCGCUAGCGGGGCCGAGUAUGUACGGGGGAAUGGGACCGAGAUGGGCGGGAAUGAUGUUGGGGGUUUUGGAGGUGGUUUUGAUACCGGUACCUGUGGGGUUUUAUUUUUGGGGGGACAAGAUUAGGGAGAGGAGUCGGGUUAUUGAGCACAUGAGGAAUGAGAGGAGGAGGAGGGAAGAAAAGGAGAAGGCUAGUCAGGUAUAG